AUGGGAAAUGAGGGCCAGGCUCAGGGCAAGGCCAACGGCACUGGAGGCUCCAGGGUCCCGCACCUCCAAACAGCUCCAGAUGUCUCCCACAACCUGCUCCGGGCGCUGGAUGUUGGGCUCCUGGCGAAUCUCUCAGCGCUGACAGAGUUGGACAUAAGCAACAACAAGAUUUCUACACUAGAAGAAGGAACAUUUGCUAAUUUAUUUAAUUUAAGUGAAAUAAACCUGAGUGGGAACCCGUUGGAGUGUGACUGUGGCCUAGCUUGGCUGCCGCGCUGGGUAGAGGAGCAGCGGGUUCAUGUGGUGCAGCCAGAGGCGGCCACUUGUGCGGGGCCUGGCCCCCUGGCUGGCCUGCCCCUCCUUCGAGUCCCCUUGUCUGACAGUGGCUGUGGUGAGAAGUACGUUGCCUGCCUCCCCAACAACAGCUCGGGUGCCACGGUGCUGGUGGCCUUCUCAGUUGCUCAUGAGGGUCCACUGGUGCCCGAGGCCUGCAGUGCCUUCUGCUUCUCCACCGGCCAGGACUUCGCGGCCCUCUCAGAGCAGGGCCACUGCCUGUGCGGGACUGCCCAUCCCCCCAAUACCUCCUCCAUCUGCCUGUCCUUCUGCUCUCGCUCCCCACAGCCCCUUGCCCCUGCCUGCGGGGGCCCCACCAUCCUCCAGAAUGUCUUCCCUGCCUCCCCAGGGGCUGCCCUGGUGGGGCCCCAAGGACCCCUGGCCUCUGGCCAGCCAGCAGCCUUCCAUGUCACUGCCUUGCUGCCUGUCAGCUCUACACACUGGGACUUUGGUGACAGCUCCCCUGAGGUGGACAUUGCUGGUCCUGCCAGCGUUCACCACUAUGUGCUGCCUGGGCGCUAUCACGUGACAGCAGUGCUGGCCCUGGGGGCUGGCUCAGCCCAACUGAGGACAGAGGUGCAGGUGGAGGCGGCUCCCGCUGCCCUAGAGCUCAUGUGUCCGGCCUCGGUGCACAGUGAUGAGACCCUUGAGCUCAGCAUCCGAAAUCGUGGUGGCUCAGGCCUUGAAGCUACCUACAGCAUCAUGGCCCUGGGCGAGGAGCCAGCCCAAGUGGUGCAUCCGCUAUGUCCGUCUGACACCGAGAUCUUCCCUGGUAACGGACACUGCUAUCGCCUCGUAGCAGAGAAGGCAGCCUGGCUGCAGGCGCAGGAGCAGUGCUGGGCCUGGGCUGGGGCCGCCCUGGCCAUGGUGGACAGUCCCGCCAUCCAGCACUUCCUGGUUUCCCGCGUCACCAGGGGCCUGGACGUGUGGAUCGGCUUCUCGGCUGUGGAGGGCGCUGAGGCAGGCCCGCUGUCUCGGGGUGAGGCCUUCAGCCUAGAGAGCUGCCAGAACUGGCUACCUGGGGAGCCACAUCCCGCUACUGCAGAGCGCUGUGUGCGGCUUGGGCCUGCCGGGCAGUGCAACACGGACCUGUGCUCGGCACCACACAGCUACGUCUGUGAGCUGCGGCCUGGAGGCCCCGUGUGGGAUGCGGAGAACUUCCUCCUGGGGGCGCCCAGCGGAGACCUGCAAGGACCACUGAGCCCCCUGGCACAGCAAGAGGCCCUCUCUGCCCCCCGGGAGCCCGUCGAGGUGAUGGUGUUCCCUGGCCUGGGCCUGAGCCAUGAAGCCUUCCUCACCGCUGCCGAGUUUGGAACCCAAGAGCUCGGCCGGCCUGCCCAGAUGAGGCUACAGGUGUACCGGCCCAUGGGAGGAGCAGGGGUCCCAGCGAACAGCAGCGAGCCUGAGAGUCGGUCCCUGGAGAACAGGACUGAGCUGGCUCCUGACUGUACACCAGAAGGAGUCUGGUGCCCCAGAUCCAACAUCUGCCUGCCACUGGACACCCCCUGCUACCCUCAGGCCAACGGGUCCACGGCAGGGCCGGGGCUCCCAGGGGCCUCCUACACACUGUGGAGGGAGUUCCUCUUCUCUGUUCCUGCGGGGCCCCCUGCCCAAUACUCGGUCGCCCUCCGUGGCCAGGAUGGCCCCCUGCUCCCUGGUGACCUCAUAGGCUUCCAGCAUGAUGCCGGCCCGGGUGCCCUCCUGCGCUGUACCUCAGCACUCAGCCAUUCUGGCCCCGAGGCCCCAUACUUCUCUACUAAUGCCUCGGCCUGGCUGGGCUGCCUGCCUACCCAGCUAGAGGCCAGCCGGGCUGGCCAGGCCUGUGCCCUGCGGCUGCUCACUGCCACGGAACGGCUCACCCCCCUGCUGGGCCUCAGGCCCAAUCCAGGGCUGAGGCAGCCGGGACGCUAUGAGGUCCGGGCCUCAGUGGGCAACAACGUGUCUAGGUGGAACCUAUCCUGCAGCUUCGAUGUGCUCUCCUCGGUGGCCGGGCUUCGGGUGGUCCACCCCACCCCCCAUGAUGGCCUCCUCUACGUGUCCACCAAUGGCUCGGCGUUGGUGCUCCAGGUAGACUCUGGUGCCAAUGCCACAGCCACGGUGCGCUGGCCUGGGGGCAACAUCAGUGCGCCCUUCGAGGCCACCUGCCCAGAUUCAGUGGCUGACCUGGUGCCAAGCUGUGCCCAUGAGGCCAACAACACCCUGUUCUCAGUGUUGGCACUGCCGAGACUCCAUGAGGGCGAGUAUGCAGUGGAGGUUGUGGUGGAGAACAGCGCCAGCCGGGCCAACCUCAGCCUGUGGGUGAAGGUGGAGGAGCCCAUCUGCGGCCUCCGAGCCAUGCCCAGCCCCGAGGCCCGUGUGCUGCAGGGCGUCCUGGUGAGGUACAGCCCCGUGGUGGAGGCCGGCUCAGACGUGGUCUUCCGCUGGACCAUCGAUGACAAGCAGUCGUUGACUUUUCACAAUGUGGUCUUCAACGUCAUCUACCAGAGCGCCGCGGUUUUCAAGCUCUCGCUGACAGCCACCAACCAUGUGAGCAAUGUCACUGUAAACUACAACGUCACCGUGGAGCGGAUGCAUAAGAUGCGGGGCCUGCGGGUGUCUGCAGUGCCACCGGUGCUGCCCCCCAAUGCCACGCUGGAGCUGGCGGCUGAUGUGCUAGUGGACUCGGCCGUGGAGGUGGCCUUUCUGUGGACCUUCGGGGAUGGGGAGCAGGUGAUCGGCCAGUUCAAGCCUCCAUACGACGAGUCCUUCCAGGUCCCAGACCCCAUGGUGGCCCAGGUGCUAGUGGAGCACAACACCACUCACACCUACACCAUCCCAGGUGAGUACAACUUGACCCUGCUCGUGUCUACCGCCUUCGAGAACUUGACGCAGCUGGUGCCUGUGAGUGUGCGUGCCAUUCUGCCUGCCGUGGCUGUGGCUGUGGGCAGCCCUGUCCUGGUGGCUGGCCGGCCAGUCACCUUCUCCCCACACCCACUGCCUUCGCCUGGGAGCAUCCUGUACACGUGGGACUUUGGGGAUGGCUCCCCAGCCAUGGUACAUCACCAGCCAAUGGUCAACCACAUAUACACCUCGAGGGGUACAUACCACAUCUGCCUAGAGGUCAACAACACAGUGAGCAGCACGGGGGCAUGCACUGAUGUCCGCGUCUUUGAAGAGCUCCGUGGCCUGCGUGUGAGCCUGAGCUCGGCUGUGGAGCAGGGCACGCCGGUGGUGGUCAGCGCCGCCCUGGAGUCGGGCGACAAUGUCACAUGGACUUUUGACAUGGGGGAUGGCACGGUGCUCACGGGCCCGGAGGCCGCAGUGGAGCAUGUGUACUUGCAGGCUCGGAACUACACGGUGACCGUGGGCGUGUCUAGCCCCGCUGGCCACCUAGCCCAGAGCCUGCCCAUGCAGGUCUUUGUCCUGGAGGUGUUGUGGAUCGACCCUGUGGCCUGCAUACCGGUGCAACCGCAGGCCCGGCUCACGGCCCACGUCACGGGGAACCCUGCCCACUACGUCUUCGACUGGACCUUUGGGGAUGGCUCCUCCAACACGACCAUCUGGGGGGACCCGACUGUGACUCACAACUUCACACAGAGUGGCACGUUUCCCCUGGUGCUCAUCCUGUCAAGCCGUGUGAACAAGGCGCAUUACUUCACCAGCGUGUGCGUGGAGCCCGAGGUGGGCAACGUCACUCUGCUGCCUGAGAGGCAGUUUGUGCGGCUUGGAGACAAGGCCCAGCUGGUGGCCCACGCCUGGCCCCCGUUCCACUACCGCUACACCUGGGACUUUGGCACCGAGGAUGCCCCCUGCGUCGGGGCCCCCGAGGCCACGUUCACCUAUUGGGAUGCAGGCUCCUACCUGGUGACGGUCACUGUGUCCAACAACAUCUCGGCUGCCAACGACUCAGCGCUCGUGGAGGUGCAGGAGCCCGUGGAGCUCACGGGCAUCAGGGUCAAUGGGUCCCGUGUGCUGGAGCUGCAGCAGCCUUACCUGUUCUCCACUGUGGGCCACGGGCGCCCUGUCACCUACCUGUGGGAGCUUGGGGACGGCGCACGGCUGGAGGGCCCUUCGGUCACUCACAUCUACACCAGCACAGGCCACUUCACCAUCAGGGUGGCCGGCUGGAACGAGGUGAGCCGCGGGGAGGCCCAGCUGAACGUCUCAGUACAGCGGCGUGUGCAGGGGCUCAGUAUCAAUGCCAGCCGCACGGUGGUGCCCCUGAACGGUAGCGUGAGCUUCAGCACCUCGCUGGAGGCGGGCAGUGACGUGCGCUACUCUUGGGUGCUCUGUGACCGUUGCACACCCAUUCCUGGGGGCCCCACUAUCUCCUACACCUUUCGCUCUGUGGGCACCUUCAACAUCAUCGUCACAGCUGAGAAUGAGGUGGGCGCUGCCCAGGAUAGCAUCUUUGUCUACGUCCUGCAACGCAUUGAGGGGCUGCAGGUGGCUGGUGGUGGUGGCGGCUGCUGCUUCCCCACCAACAGCACCCUUCAGCUACAGGCUGUGGUCAGGGAUGGUACCAACAUCUCCUAUGGCUGGACUGCCCAGCGGGACAGUGGCACAACCCUGGUUGGUAGCGGCAAAACCUUCUCACUCACUGUGCUUGAGGCUGGCACCUACCACGUCCAGCUGCGGGCCACAAACAUGCUGGGCAGUGCCUCGACCAACCGCACCGUAGAGUUUGUGGAGCCCGUAGGGUGGCUGUCUGUGGCUGCCUCCCCGAACCCGGCCCCUGUCAACGUGAGUGUCACCUUCUGCGCCGAACUGGCUGGUGGCAGUGAUGUCAUUUACUCCUGGUCCCUGGAGGAAGGACUGAGCUGGGAGACCCCAGAGCCAUCCACAACCCAUACCUUUCCCACUCCCGGCCUAUACCUGGUCACAGUCACGGCCAAGAACCAGCUGGGCUUGGCCAACACCACCAUUGAGUUGGCCGUGCAAGUGCCUGUGAGUGGCCUCAGCAUCAGGGCCAGUGAGCUGGAUGGAAGCUUUGUGAUGACUGGCUCCACUGUGCCCUUCUGGGGGCAGGUGGCUUCCGGCACCAAUGUCAGCUGGUGCUGGGCUGUUCCAGGUGGCAGCAGACACGGCCAGCACGUCACUGUGGCCUUCCCUGAUGCUGGCACCUUCUCUGUCCAGCUCAAUGCCUCCAACGCAGUCAGCUGGCUCAUCGCCACACACAGCCUCGUGGUGGAGGAGCCUGUCGUGGGCCUGGUGCUGUGGGCCAGCAGCAAGGUGGUGGAGCCUGGGCAGCUGGUCCACUUCCAGAUCCUGCUGGCCUCCGGUUCAGCCGUCAGCUUCCACUUGCAGGUCGCGGGGGCUGGCCUCGAGGCGCUCCCAGGGCCUCACUUUUCCCGCAGCUUCCCCCGGGUUGGGGACUACACAGUGAGCAUCCAGGCCGAGAACCAUGUGAGCCGGGCGCAGGCGCAGGCACGCAUCCUGGUGCUGGAGGCCGUGGGUGGGCUCCAGGUGCCCAACUGCUGUGAAGCAGGCAUCGCCACAGGCACUGAGAGGAACUUCACGGCCCGAGUGCAGCGGGGGUCUCGUGUUGCCUAUGCUUGGUACUUCUCCUUACAGAAGGUCCAGGGGGACUCGCUGGUCAUCCUGUCAGGCCGUGAGGUCACCUACACCCCUGUGGCCGCGGGGCUCCUGGAGAUCCACGUGCGUGCCUUUAAUGAGCUGGGCGGUGUGAACCAAACUCUGGUGGUUGAGGUCCAGGAUGUCAUCCAGUACGUGGCGCUGCGCAGCGGCCGCUGCUUCACCAACCGCUCUGCCCGGUUUGAGGCUGCCACCAGCCCCAGCCCCCGGCGCGUGGCCUACCACUGGGACUUCGGGGAUGGGGCCCCGGCAGAGGACACGGAGGAUCCCUGGGCUGAGCACUCCUACCUGCAGCCUGGGGACUACCACGUGGAGGUGAAUGCCUCCAACCUGGUGAGCUUCUUUGUGGCACAGGCCACAGUUACCGUCCAUGUGCUGGCCUGCAGGGAGCCCAAGGUGGACGUGGCCCUGCCCCCUCAGGUGCUGAUGCGGCGCUCCCAGCGCAACUACCUGGAGGCCCACAUUGACCUGCGCGGCUGUGUCAGCUACCAGACGGAGUACCGCUGGGAGGUGUACCGCGCCGCCAGCUGCCAGCGGCCUGGGCGCGCAGCCCGUGUGUCCCUGCCUGGCGUGGACGUGAGCCGGCCCCAGCUGGUGGUGCCUCGCCUGGUGCUGCCUGUGGGCCACUACUGCUUUGUGUUUGUGGUGUCGUUUGGGGACACACCCCUGUCGCAGAGCAUCCAGGCCAACGUGACAGUAGCCCCGGAGCGCCUGGUGCCCAUUGUUGAGGGAGGCUCCUACCGAGUGUGGUCAGACGUGCAGGACCUGGUGCUGGAUGGGAGCAAGUCCUAUGACCCCAACCUGGAGGAUGGCGACCAGACACCGCUCAGCUUCCACUGGGCCUGUGUGGCCUCAACGCAGAGCGAGACUGGUGGGUGUGUGCUGAACUUCGGGCCCCGCGGAAACAGCAUAGUCACCAUCCCUCGGGAGCGUCUGCAAGCCGGCGUGGAGUACACCUUCAAUCUGACUGUGUGGAAGGCUGGCCGGAAGGAGGAGGCCACCAACCAGACGGUGCUGAUCCGGAGUGGCCGGGUGCCCAUAGUGUCCUUGGAGUGCGUGUCCUGCAAGGCGCAGGGGGUGUAUGCAGUGAGCCGCAGCUCCUACGUUUACUUGGAGGGCCACUGUGACAACUGCAGUGAGGGCUCCAAGCGCGGGCUCUGGGCUGCUCGCACCUUCAGCAACAAGACGCUGGUGCUGGAUGAGACAACCACCUCCACAGGCAGCACGGGCAUGCGGCUGGUGGUACGGCGCGGUGUGCUGCGGGACGGUGAGGGCUACACGUUCACACUCACGGUGCUGGGCCGCUCUGGCGAGGAGGAGGGCUGCGCUUCCAUCCGCCUCUCCCCCAACCGUCCUCCGCUGGGGGGUUCCUGCCACCUCUUCCCACUGGAUGCCGUGCAUGCUCUCACCACCAAGGUGCACUUCGAGUGCACAGGCUGGCGGGAUGCAGAGGAUGCGGGUGCCCCCCUCGUGUACGCCCUGCUGCUGCAGCGCUGCCGCCAGGGCCACUGUGAGGAGUUCUGUGUGUACAAGGGCAGUCUCUCCACCUAUGGGGCUGUGCUGCCACCCGGUUUCGCACCCCACUUUGAGGUGGGCCUGGCUGUGGUGGUGCAGGACCAGCUGGGUGCUGCUGUGGUCGCCCUCAACAGGUCUCUGGCCAUCACCCUGCCAGAGCCCCCAGGUGACCCCCUGGGCGGCCCCCCAGAGCUCACCCCCUGGCUGCACAGCCUCACGGAGAGUAUGCUGCCCAGGCUGCUGAGACAGGCUGACCCCCAGCAUGUCAUCGAAUACUCACUGGCCCUUAUCACUGUGCUCAACGAGCUGCCUUGUGCCCACCACCCACAGUACGAGCAGACCCUGGCCACGGUGGCAGAGCCAGACUUAAGGUGGCAGCUGCAAGCCGAGAUACGCAAGAAUAUCACAGAGACCCUGGUCUCCCUGCGGGUCAACACCGUGGACGACAUCCAGCAGAUCGCAGCCGUGCUGGCCCAGUGCAUGGUGGCCAGCAGGGAGCCUGUGUGCCGCCCAUGCCUACAGAAGACACUGCACAAGCUGGAGGCCAUGAUGCGCGUCCUGCAGGCCGAGACCACCGCGGGCACUGGGACACCCACCGCCAUUGCCGACAGCAUCCUCAACAUCACAGGCGACCUCAUCCACCUGUCCAACUCAAACGUGCAGGACCUGCAGCCCUCAGAGCUGGGGGCUGAGCCGCCUGCACUGAGGGUGGCAUCCAGGGCCUAUAACCUGUCGUCAGCCCUCAUGUGCAUCCUCAUGCGCUCCCGAGUGCUCAAUGAGGAGCCCCUGACCCUGGUGGGCGAGGAGAUUGUGGCACAGGGCAAGCGCUCAGACCCACUGAGCCUGCUGUGCCAGGGCAAUGCCUCGGGCCCCGGCUGCCACUUCUCCAUCCCUGCCGCCUUCAGUGGGGCUCUGUCCAACCUCAGCGACGUGGUGCAGCUCAUCUUCCUUGUUGACUCCAACCCCUUUCCCUUUGGCUACAUAAGCAACUACACCGUCUCCACCAAGGUGGCAUCUAUGGCCUUCCAGACGCAGGCUGGCACCCAGAUCCCCAUUGGGCAGCUGGCCUCGGAGCGUGCCAUCACCGUGAAGGUGCCCAACAGCCCUGACCAGGCUGCCCGGGUCCACCGCAUCCCUGCUGGUUCCGCCGUCGUCCCGCCCCGGGCCUCGGUCAGUGCAGUGGUCACCCCCAACCACAGCAAACCUGAGGCCGGGCUACACCUACAGCUCACCUACACGGUGCUGAACGAGCACUACCUGUCUGAGGAGCCUGAGCCCUACCUGGCUGUCUACCUGCACUCGGCGCCCUGGCCCAAUGAGCACAACUGCUCGGCCAGCAGGAAGAUCAGCCUGGAGGCGCUGGUGGGCAAGGACCACAGGCCCUACACCUUUUUCAUCGCUCCUGGGACCCGAGACCUGGGCGGGAGUUACUACCUGAACCUGACCAGCCACUUCCGCUGGUCUGCGCUGGAAGUGUCUGUGGGCCUCUACACGUCCCUGUGCCAGUACUUCAGUGAGAAGGAGAUGAUGUGGCGGACGGAGGGGCUGGUGCCCCUGGAGGAGACCUCGCCCAGCCAGGCUGUCUGCCUCACCCGCCACCUCACGGCCUUCGGAGCCAGCCUCUUCGUGCCCCCCAGCCACGUCCACUUCAUCUUCCCUGAGCCGGCCUUGGACGUGAACUACGUCGUCCUGCUGACGUGUGCCAUGUGCCUGGUGACCUACGUGGUGACGGCUGUGAUCCUCCGUAAGCUGGACCAGCUCGACGUUAGCCGGGUCCGCGUCAUCCCUUUCUGUGGGAAGGGGGGCCGCUUCAAGUACGAGAUCCUGGUCAAGACUGGCUGGGGCCGAGGCUCAGGCACCACGGCACAUGUGGGCAUCAUGCUGUAUGGGGCGGACAGCCGGAGUGGCCACCGGCACCUGGAUGGGGACAGAGCCUUUCACCGCAAUAGUUUGGACAUCUUCCAGAUUGCCACCCCGCACAGCCUGGGCAGUGUGUGGAAGAUCCGAGUGUGGCACGACAACAAAGGGCUCAGUCCCGCCUGGUUCCUGCAGCACGUCAUCGUCAGGGAUCUGCAGACUGCCCGCAGCACUUUCUUCUUGGUCAACGACUGGCUGUCAGUGGAGACUGAGGCUAAUGGGGGCCUGGUGGAGAAGGAGGUGCUGGCAGCGAGUGACGCAGCCCUUCGGCGGUUCCAGCGCCUCCUGGUGGCUGAGCUCCAGCGUGGCUUUUUUGACAAGCACAUCUGGCUCUCCAUAUGGGACCGGCCGCCACGAAGCCGCUUCACUCGCGUCCAGCGGGCCACCUGCUGUGUUCUCCUCAUCUGCCUGUUCCUGGGUGCCAAUGCGGUGUGGUAUGGGGUCGUGGGAGACACUGCCUACAGCUCGGGGCCUGUGUCCAGUCUGAUUCCGCUGAGUGUUGACACGAUCGCCGUUGGCCUAGUGUCCAGUGUGGUUGUCUACCCCAUCUACCUGGUUAUCCUGUUCCUCUUCCGGAUGUCCCGGAGCAAGGUGGCUGGGGCCCCAAACCCCACACCCACAGGGCAGCAGGUCCUGGACAUGGACAGCUACCUGGACUCCUCUGUGCUGGACAGCUCCUUCCUCACCUUCCCUGGGCUCCGUGCUGAGGCCUUUGCUGGACAAAUGAAAAGUGACUUAUUUCUGGACGAUUCCAAAAGCCUAGUGUGCUGGCCAUCCAGCGAAGGCACGCUCAGUUGGCCAGACUUGCUGAGUGACCCGUCCAUCAUGGGCAGCACCCUGCAGCGGCUGGCACGGGGUCGGAUGGGCCACAUUCUGGGCCCUGAGGAGGACAGUCUCUCCCUGGUCAGCCCCUCCUCACCUGCCAAAUACUUCUCAGCUUCAGAUGAAGACCUGAUCCGGCAGAUCCUGGCUGAAGGGGUCAGCAGCCUGGCCCCCACCCAGGACACUCAAGUAGAAACGGAUCUACUCACCGGCCUGUCCAGCGCUCCUGGGGAGAAGAUGGAGAUGCUGAUGCUGCGGAGACGGGGGGAGAGCGGCCUCCCCAGCCCAGGCCCGAUGUGGGAGCAGCCCCCGUCAGCAAAGCUCGCCAGGACAGGGCUGGUGGAGGGCCUGCGGAAGCGACUGCUGCCGGCCUGGUGUGCACCCCUGGCCCAUGGGCUCAGCCUGCUGCUGGUGGCUGUGGCCGUGGGAGUCUCGGGGUGGGUCGGUGCCAGCUUCCCCCCUGGCGUGAGUGUCAUGUGGCUCCUCUCAAGCAGCUCCAGCUUCCUGGCCUCGUUCCUCGGCUGGGAGCCGCUCAAGGUUCUGCUGGAAGCCCUGUACUUCUCCCUGGUGGCCAAGCGGCUGCACCCUGAUGAGGAUGACACCCUGGUGGAGAGCCCGGCGGUGACACCUGUGAGCGAGCGUGUGCCCCGUGUGCGGCCCCCACACGGCUUUGCGCUCUUUCUGGCAAAGGAGGAAGCCCGAAAAGUCAAGAGGCUACACAAAAUGCUGCGGAGCCUCCUGGUGUACAUGCUCUUCCUGCUGGUGACACUGCUGGCCAACUAUGGGGACGCCUCGUGCCACAGCCACGCCUACCGCCUGCAAAGUGCCAUCAGGCAGGAGCUAGAUAGCCAGGCCUUCCUGGCCAUCACCCGGUCUGAUGAGUUCUGGCCGUGGAUGUCCCAUGUGCUGCUCCCCUACGUCCAUGGGAACCAGUCCAGCCCAGAGCUGGGGCCCCCACGGUUGCGGCAGGUGCGGCUGAAGGAAGCUCUCUGCCCAGACCGGCCAGACUCAGGGGCGCACACGUGCUCAGCAGCUUCAGGUGGCUUCAGCACCAGCGACUAUGGCGUUGGCUGGGGGAGUGCUGCCCAUAACGGCUCUGAGAUGUGGGCCUACUCUGCGCCAGACGCGCUGGGCGUCUGGUACUGGGGCUACUGCUCUGUGUACGACAGCGGGGGCUACGUGCAGGAGCUGGGGCUGAGCCUGGAGGAGAGCCGCGAGCAGCUGGGCUUUCUGCAGCUGCACAACUGGAUCGACAAUAGGAGCCGCGCAGUGUUCGUGGAGCUCACACGCUACAGCCCGGCCGUGGGACUGCACGCCGCCGUCACACUGCGCCUCGAGUUCCCCGUGGCGGGACACGCUGUGGCCUCCCUCAGCGUCCGUCCGUUUGCGCUGCGGCGCCUGAGCUCAGGCCUCUCAUUGCCUCUGCUCACCACGGUGAGCCUGUUGCUGUUCGCACUGUACUUCUCGGUGGCGGAGGCACGUGCCUGGCGCAGGGAGGGGCGUGUGCGCUUGGCGCGGCCGGGGGCCUGGGCGCGGUGGCUGCUGGUGGCACUGACGGCUGCCGCCGCCCUCCUGCGCCUGGCCCAGCUGGGCGCUGCCGACCGCCAGUGGACGCGCUUCGUGCGCCGCCGCCCGCGCCGCUUCACCAGCUUUGAGCAGGUGGCGCAGCUGAGCGCUGCGGCCCGUGGUCUGGCCGCCUCGCUGCUUUUCCUGCUCUUGGUCAAGGCCACCCAGCAGCUGCGCUUCGUGCGUCAGUGGUCGGUUUUCGGCAAGACGCUGUGCCGGGCCCUGCCGGAGCUCCUGGGGGCAGCCUUAGGCCUGGUGACGCUCGCGGUGGCCUAUGCUCAGCUGGCUGUUCUGCUGGUAUCCUCUUGCGUGGACUCACUGAAGAGUGCGGCCCAGGCCCUCUUGGUGGUGUGCCCCAGGGCUGGUUGGCCAGCCCUGUGCCCUGAGUCCUGGCGCCUGUCCCCUGUGCUGUGCACGGGGCUCUGGGCCCUGCGACUGUGGGGUGCUCUGAGGCUGGGGGCAGUCCUUCUCCGGUGGCGGUACCAUACUCUUCGUGGGGAGCUCUACCGCCCGGCUUGGGAGCCACAGGACUACGAGAUGGUAGAAUUGUUGCUGCGCCGACUGCGCCUCUGGAUGGGCUUCAGCAAGGUCAAGGAGUUCCGCCACAAAGUCCGCUUCGAAGGGAUGGAGCCACUGCCCUCCCGCUCAUCCAGGGGCUCCAAGUCGUCCCCAGAUGUGCCCCCGCCUACCGGGGACUCCGAUGCCUCCCGUCUCUCAACCUCUUCUAGCCAGCUGGACGGGCUGGGUGUGGGCCUAGGCAGGCCAGGGCCACGGGUGGAACCCGAGCCCUCCCGCCUCCAAGCCGUGUUCGAGGCCCUACUUGCCCAGUUUGACCGACUCAACCAGGCCACGGAGGACGUCUACCAGCUGGAGCGAAGGCUGCAGAGCCUGCACGGCCGAAGAACCAGCGGGUCCCCAGCCUUACCGCCCCCUGGCUCCUCCACAGGCCUGCAGUCAGCCUUGCCCAGCCGCCUUGCCCGGGCCAGUAGAGGCAUCGGCCUGACUACAAGCCCCAGCAGGGCCUCUUUCCGGGCCAAGAACAAGGUCCACCCCAGCAGCACUUAGUCCCCAGGGACCUGAGCUCACGCCUUUUCCCCGGGGUGGCCUGUGGCUUCACUCCAGCCCCUUGGGCCCAGGAGAUAAUGCUCAGUAUUACUUUCUGCCACCCUCAAGGUCUAGGGCCAGGCAGAACAGCUGCAUGCAGCUCCCCCAGAGAGCGGGCAGCACUUGUCUCUCUGUGGGCUUCAGCACUUUAAAGAGGCCAAGUGGCCAGUCAGGACCCAGGGUCCCCUCUCCAGCCCCCUGUGGGAGGACACAGCAGUAUUGGACCGAGUGCCCGGCCUUUGAGAUACUAAUUUAUUUCCCAAGUCCUCAGGUACAGCGGGCUGUGCCCGGCCCCACCUCCUGGGCAGACAUUUCCCCCUUGCUAAGGAUCCAGGCUGCGGGGAGGGAACCUGCACCCCUUAUCCUCCCCCUAAAUUAUUACCUCUCCUGUCCCCUGCUGAGUGCACUUACUUCCAGCUGCCAUCUAUGUGUCUAUUGUCAGUAAUUUAUAUGGGGUUAAAAAUGUAUAUAUUUUUGUACGUCGCUAUUUUUCACUAGGGCCAAGGGGCCUGGUGGCUGCAAUGGCCUGGUGCCCACUGUUGCCUGCAUGGAGGGGGAGCUGGGACUGCAGAGCUGGCCUCCUUCCCUUAGACAUGUGCCCACAUGGCCAGAGCCAAGAAAGUGACAGCUGCUGCUUGUUUCUGAGUCUGGCCUUGGGCAGGUGCUGGGGCUUUUGUUUGAGGGCAUGGCUACUCCCUAGGCAGUUCUUAUCACCACCAUGGCCUUGCUACCCUGCCCAAGGCCAGGCAGUGAGAGGCAGGGCCCAGGCCUGCUGGUGUCGGGUCUGAAUCAGGAACAGCACUACUGUGGGGGAAGACCCCUCCCUGGGGCUGGCUCCCGGGGCUGGGGAAGGGGAGUGUGCAAACACUUGUGUGAGGCUUUCCUGAAGGGGGGAGGCCUUGAAAACAACCUGAUGGGCCCCCUUAACUCUGUGGGCAUGGCCAAAGCUUCAGCCUUGAUCCUGCCCCUCUUCUCCUCCCCCCAACAGACAAAGUCAAAUAAACGAGUUGGCUGACUGCUA